UCCUCAUUGCUACUUCUUCUACUGAUUUUGUUCUUAUUUGGGUUCGCUUAGUUUCAUCUAAUUGUUAUCUCUCUCGUUGAAAUCCUUGAAUUCGUCCAGAUUCGCCCCUGUUUUCAUUUGGGAGUUUUGAUAAGUUAUUUUCUGAGAUGAAUUGCUAUUCGCCCUUGUUUUGAUUUGGGGUUUUGAUAUCUUUAAUUUACUUUCUGAGAUGAACUGCUAUUCGCCCCUGUUUUCAUUUGGGGUUUUGAUAUCUUUAAUUUACUUUCUGAGAUGAACUGCUAUUCGCCCCUGUUUUCAUUUGGGGUUUUGAUAUCUUUUUAAGUUAUUUUCUGAGAUGAACUGGUAUUCGCCCUUGUUUUCAUUUGAGGUUUUGAUAUCUUUAAUUUACUUUCUGAGAUGAACUGCUACUCGCCCCUGUUUUCAUUUGCGGUUUUGAUAUCUGCAAGUUAUUUUCUGAGAUGAACUGCUAUUCCCUCAAUUGUUCUUGCUUUUUUUUCUUGAUUUUGCUGUUGGAUCUGUUAACUACAUUGUAAUCUGGAUCUGGGUAUUGCUUAUUCGUGUUAAUUUAGCUGAAUUUCUCUGUUCUUGCUUCGAUUUUUUCACAAAAACUGCAAAUUAUAUCUGGGUUUUUUUAAGAUCUAGCAGAUUAAGGAGGAGGGGUUUUGUGAAAAUGGGUUAUGAUCAUUUGGAUCAAUCUCCAGAACUGAAACUCUAUCAGUUUUUUGUGUUCUGUGUUCCAAUUCUUUUCACUUUCAUUCUUCUAUUCCUUUUCUAUCUUCUUUAUCUUCGUCGACGAAGGGCGGAUUGGAAUUCUAUUCGAAUGCGAACAUCUGAUGCAGUGAACAACAAUAACAUAUCUGCUUGUGAUGUUGGGUUGACGAAGGAAUUCAGGGAGAUGCUUCCUAUUAUUGUGUACAAUGAAACAUUCUUUGUUACUGAUACGCUAUGUUCAGUCUGUUUAGGGGAAUACCAAACAGAAGAUAAGCUUCAGAAGAUACCAUCAUGUGGGCAUGUAUUUCACCUUGACUGCAUUGAUCAUUGGCUAUCCAACCACAGCACCUGCCCACUCUGCCGUCUCUCCGUCCUUUCUCCGUCGUCCCGACCACCGCACAUACAGAUUGAGAUGGGACUCGAAUCGACAAAUGAGCAACGUCGCUAAGAAGCACCUCCUCAACAUAGUAAUCAAGCUUGUCAACAUACAACACUUCCCGUGUGAGGUCAUAAUUCGAGUUUUCAAUGGGAAAGAAUCAUUCAAAAAGGGAUGCAACUUUGGAUAAUAAUUCAUC